AACUGACUUGUCGCCCCCAAAAAAUCCACGAAAAUAUUAUUGGUGAAAAUGUACUUAUCAAUGGAGUCAACUUUCUAUGUCAAUACAUUGGUAGCCACGUUUGUUAAUCAUUCCUUCGUAUAGGAUGGGAGAAUGACAUCAUCUUUUCAUCAUACUAAUGGAUUCUUCCUUAUUCCGUACCAUUAUAGUUGCUGCAAUAGGCUUCUUGGCACUUUAUAUAUUGGAUCAAGAAACCAGAGAAGACGAUACUUUUUCUUCUUCUUCUUCUUCUUCGUUAAGUCUCUCAUCACCUUCACUUUCUUUGUCUCGGAACCGGACACAUGAUGUCUUUCCAAGCUUCCAUGGGGAAGAUGUCCGCAAAGACUUUUUAAGUCACAUUCAAAAGGGCUUUGAGAGAAAGGGUAUCAUACAAUUCAGUGACAAUGAGAUGGAGAGAGGAGAAUCCAUAUCUUUUCAACUUGUAAAGGCCAUUAGAGGAUCUAUGAUCGCGGUCGUCUUGUUCUCGAGGAACUAUGCGUCUUCAAAAUGGUGUCUUGAUGAAUUAGUGGAGAUUAUGAAGUGCAGGCGAGAGUUUGGUCAGAUAGUGAUAGCGGUUUUCUAUAAGGUGGAUCCAUCUGAUAUACGCAAGCAAACCGGAGAUUUUGGGAACGUUUUUCGAAAAACUUGUGCAGGGAAAACUAAUGAGGAAAUCAGGAGAUGGAGAGUAGCUUUGGCAGAAGUAGCCGCAAUUGCUGGUUAUCAUUCAAGCAACUGGGAUAAUGAAGCAGAUAUGGUAGAGAAUAUAGCCACUGAUGUUUCAAAAAAGCUGACUCAGUUCAGGAGAUCAAUUGAUUUCAAUUACGACUUAGUUGGCAUGGGAAGUCAUUUGGAAGAGAUGAGACGAUUGUUAUACUUAGAUUCGGAUGAAUUGAGGAUGAUAGGCAUUUGGGGUCUUCCUGGGGUUGGUAAGAGCACAAUCACUAGAUUCCUUUUUAAACAACUUUCUCAAAGAUUCAAUGUGAGUCUCUAUAUCAAGGAUAUCAACGCACUUUAUACAAGACCAGCGUCUUCUGAUGUGGAAUUUAUGUCUCUACUAACGUACCAUAAUGACAACGAAGUUUUUAACCUAAGAGUUGAAAGAGAGAAGCUGAAACGCAAGAAAGUGCUUGUGGUUAUUGAUAACGUCGACAGAUCGGUGCAACUAGAUGCAUGAUGAAAGAAAGUCCAUGGUUUGGUCCUGGAAGUCGGGUUGUCGUCGCGGUACAAGAUAGGGACGUUUUGGAGGCGCAUAGGAUUGGUUAUGUUUAUAGAGUGGCUUUGCCAUCAGAUUAUGAAGCUAUGCAAAUCUUUUGUAUGGCUGCUUUUGGUCAAAAGUUCCCCAAAGAUGGUUAUGAGGAUCUUGCAAGAAGAGUAUGCAAUAUUGCUGGUAGGCUUCCUUUGAGACUGAAAAUCAUGGGUUCUUAUUUCAGGGGAAUGUCCAAGCAGGAGUGGGUUGAUAAGAUUGAUCCACUUUGAAAAAUGAAAGCAGCUUAUUCAUGUCAGGGAAAAAAGUAUCUGGAAGCAACAUGAUGUUUUAUUUAUUUUUAUUAAAAACAAAAAAGC